AUGUCGCAAAAACCGCAUUUUACUCUGAUCAAUCUUCCGCCGCCGCCGGUGUCUAAUCCAGAGACACCCUCGGAAACGCCAGGCACUCCCACCAGUACGACGACGUCCCUGUCCGCUCUUUCCACGACCGCGACCAAAGACGGCCACCGCGGCCAUGGCCCUUCCCCAAACUUGGGCCAAGCUCAUCACCAUGACCCGUCAGGCACAAUUCUCGAAGCCGAACGAGCAGACCGAAUCUCUCGCCUAGCCGGACUUGAGCGAGUCUCGACCCUCCGCGCCGGCCCUGGCGCAGCCGGAGGAGGCCUAUCAUCCCUCUCGCCUCAGACCACGCCCACUUCAGCUACUGCUGGCGCGUUUCCGGCGAAUUUCCCCUCCACCCACAACUUGACGCCGUCGUAUUUUGACAACAAUGGACAGCCAGUCGCCGUUACCAAGCUCAGCACAGUCGGAACUGCCAGCGCCACAGAGAGCCAAGCCGGGGACGACAACCGAACAACUCCCGGAGAACGUGAAGAGGACACCUUCAGCAGCUACACCAGCUUCCGGGAAGCGGAGUCGGUAGCCAGUACGGGGGCUGAGCCUGACCCUGACGAGGACAUGGAUAUGAUGGGCACACGCUCCGUUGGUGGGUUUGAAGAUCGCAUGAGCGACGAUGGCACUGCUUCUCUUGUCGGAUUCGGCGAAGGCGCCGGCAGCACUGUUUCCGGGCCGAUUUACCGGCGUGGCCAUCCCGGCCCUCCCGCCGCCGUGCAUGCAGCUUGGACCCUCGAACGAACAAAUUCGGGCAUGAGCGCCGGCGGCAGGCCUGUGAGCGGCUCCGCGGCGCCAGAUCGCAAGGAUCCCCGGAUGUUGGACGGCGUCGCCGUUGACCCCCCGGGUCGUGGAAAUCCCACAGACCACGACCAUUUUGUUGAUACGACCCUUACUGGACCUGUACCGGUAGAGAUUGCGCACGGCAGGGAGGCUGCAGACAGAACUGCUCUGCCCUUGGUCAGUGGGGAGAGCAGCGCUGGACCGUCAGGUUUGGCGAGUCCUCGCGACGGCGGCCACCUCGAGGGAGACAAACGAAGAGACUGA